CGCGACAUCAAAUCAAAGCCUUAUCUCCUCUGCGCGCUCAUGGCAGCCCUCACUAGCAAAUUCCCGCCUUUUUCACUCUCUCCUUCUCUCUCAAACCCUAACCCUAACCCUAGAAAUUCUCUCAUCCUAAAGCCCUCGCUCCCUCGAUUCAAAACCCUAGAAGUCCGAUGCGGGAAGAGGACCGGAAAGAGGCGGUACCCGUCGGAGAAGAAGAAGCUGGAGAAGCUGAACAAAACCCUAAUUCAGACCGACAUCAAGAACAAAGAGGAGGGGUUCUGGAGGAUCUCGAAGCUCGGAGUUCCGGUUGGAAAGGAUCCUGGCAAGGACUCGUUCGAAGUUUCUCUCCCUCUUCUCGAAGCCAUUGCCAAAGUUCUUAAAUUUCCUGUUGCUGGAAUGCUGCCCAAGGAUGCUUUUACUGUAGUUCGGAAAUCUUUUGAUGCAAGAAAGGUUCUAAAGGAACCUAAAUUUGUGUAUUCUGUGAACAUGGAUGUUAAGAAACUUCUGAACCUGGAGCCUCGCACGUGGGACUUCAUCAACAGACUAGAGCCUAAGCUUGGACUUGUGGAGUAUAUGCCUGAGGAAAAGGCUUCUGUUGAUUUAAUCAAUGUGCUACAUGAUUGUAAAAAUACCCAAGAUGAUAUAGAACCAGACAAAGAAAAACCUAACAGUCACAGCAUGGAUUCACUGAAGCCACUUCCAAAGAGACCAAAGAUCGCAGUUGUGGGCAGUGGACCAUCAGGACUAUUUGCUGCCCUUGUGCUUGGGGAACUGGGAGCGGAUGUUACCUUGAUAGAAAGGGGUCAAGCUGUUGAGCAGAGAGGACGUGAUAUCGGUGCCUUAGUUGUUCGACGACUUCUGCAGUCAGAGAGCAAUUUUUGCUUCGGGGAGGGUGGUGCAGGUACAUGGAGUGAUGGGAAGCUGGUGACCAGAAUCGGGAGGAACAGUGAUAGUGUUCAGGCUGUUAUGAAAACUUUGGUUCAGUUUGGAGCUCCUCCACAUAUCUUGGUUGAUGGAAAGCCUCACCUGGGAACGGAUAGAUUAGUUCCAUUGCUACGCAAAUUUCGUCAACAUCUACAGGAGUUGGGUGUCAAUGUAAAGUUCGGAACAAGAUUAGAUGAUCUUAUUGUACAGAGUGGACAAGUUCUGGGAAUCAGAGUUUCCAAUGCAAGAGAUAAGCCUGGUUCCGACGGCCAGAACUUAUUCUAUGAUGCAGUUGUUCUAGCCGUUGGGCACUCUGCUAGAGAUGUAUAUGAAAUGCUUCUACAGCACCACGUGGAUUUGAUUCCCAAGGAUUUUGCUGUUGGAUUACGAAUCGAGCAUCCUCAGGAGCUGAUAAAUAGCAUUCAGUAUUCUGAAUUGGCUGGUGAAGUUCGUGUGGGACGCGGAAAAGUUCCUGUUGCAGACUACAAAGUGGUGAAGUAUGUUAAUGGAGGGGUUAAUGGAGCCAGCUAUAGCACCCAGGACUUAAAUAGAAGCUGCUAUUCAUUCUGCAUGUGCCCUGGUGGACAGGUUGUUCUGACCAGUACACAUCCGUCUGAACUAUGCAUUAAUGGCAUGUCCUUUUCUCGUCGUUCAUCUAGAUGGGCAAAUGCAGCACUUGUUGUGACCGUCUCCUCAAGUGAUUUUGACUCCUUUCAGUGUCACGGGCCUCUAGUAGGUGUUGAAUUUCAGAGAGAAUUUGAGAAAAAAGCAGCUGUAAUGGGGGGAGGGAAUUUUGUUGUGCCUGCACAGACUGUCACUGAUUUUCUCGAGAAUAAAUUGUCAGUGAUGUCCCUGCCGUCAUCAAGCUACCGAUUAGGAGUAAAAGCAUCAACUCUCCAUGAAUUAUUCCCUGCUCGCAUUACUGAAGCUUUACAACGGUCCAUAACAAUGUUUGAUGAAGAGCUGCCAGGUUUCAUAACCAAGGACGCACUUCUUCAUGGUGUCGAGACGAGAACGAGCUCUCCUGUUCAGAUACAACGACAUACAGACACCUAUGAGAGCACAUCACUGAGAGGACUGUAUCCGGUAGGCGAAGGUGCGGGUUAUGCUGGUGGAAUUGUAAGUGCGGCAGUAGAUGGCAUGUACUGUGGUUUUGCUUUGGCUAAAAGCCUUCAACUUCACCAGGGAGAUCUCGAAAAUAUACUGGGUAAAGCCCAGAAAAAUACCGGUUUUGUAAAAUACUAACUUUUCUAUCGUUUGCUGUUAUUAAAAAUUUUGUUUACAAGGUCGGAAGCUAAAAUGUUACACAGGCGUUGCCUUGAGAUGAGAAGAAGACCAGUUCCUAUCUGUCUAUUUGUAUGAUGCUUCGACAUCAUUGGUAUUAUAAGCUAAUGUGAUUUUGUUGUAGAUA